CAGACUAGCUGAUUUAAUUUUGGUAUGAGCAGCAUUAAGGUUUCGUGUAAAACUGAACCUUCCUUAAAUUUCUUUUUUUUUUCCCCUUUCUUUCUUUCUUUCUUUCAGGAAAACCGACCAGUUCCGGAACCUGGUCCUAAUGAAGUGCUUUUGAAAAUGCACUCCGUGGGAAUCUGUGGGUCUGACGUCCACUACUGGCAACAUGGACGAAUUGGAAACUUCGUGGUGAAGUCUCCAAUGGUGCUGGGCCACGAAGCUUCGGGAACUGUUGUGAAAGUGGGCUCUUCGGUAACCAAGUUAAAGAAAGGUGAUCGAGUAGCUAUUGAGCCUGGUGUUCCUCGAGAAAUUGACGAGUUCUGCAAGAUUGGACGUUACAACCUCUCUCCGACCCUUUUCUUCUGUGCAACCCCUCCUGACGAUGGGAACCUGUGCCGAUAUUACAAACACGAUGCCAACUUUUGCUACAAACUUCCAGACAACGUCACCUUUGAGGAAGGAGCUCUCGUUGAACCGCUUUCAGUUGCAAUUCAUGCCUGUAGAAGAGCUGAGGUGACACUGGGGAGCAAAGUCUUCAUUUGUGGUGCUGGACCUAUAGGGCUUGUGACUUUGCUUAUCGCUAAGGCGAUGGGAGCAGCGCAAGUGGUGAUUAGCGAUUUGUCUGCUCCACGACUUGAGAAAGCCAAAGAAAUCGGAGCGGAUUCCACCAUCCAGGUCAAGGGGCAGAGCCCUGAGGUGCUAGCCAGGAUGGUGGAAAGCUUGUUGGGUUGUAUGCCUGACAUUACCUUGGAAUGCACUGGGGCCGAAUCCUGCAUCCAGACUGGAAUCUACGCAACCCGUUCUGGUGGGACUCUAGUUUUGGUGGGUCUGGGCCCAGAAAUGGUCACCUUGCCCAUUGUGAAUGCAGCGAUGCGUGAGGUGGACAUCCGUGGGAUAUUUAGAUACUGCAAUACGUGGCCCAUGGCGAUCGCCAUGCUUGCAUCGAAAAAAAUCAACGUGCAGCCCCUGGUGACCCACCGUUUUCCCUUGGAAAAGGCAGAGGAAGCAUUUGAGGCAACCAAGAAAGGGAUCGGGAUAAAAAUUAUGCUGAAAUGUGACCCAAAGGAUCAGAAUCCCUAAAAAAAGCCAAGCCAAGCCAUGGCGUCCCAUUCUAGUUUCCUGUUAAAGAAAGAAAGUCCACAGAGAAGAAAAUACAAACAAGGUGAAUCGGAGCCUUGCAUGGAUUGAUAAGGUGCAGUCUUGUCAAGGAAACAAACCUGAUGCAAAAUUAUUUGGAAAUUUGAUGUACUUCAACCUAAAAGGAGACCUUGAAUUUGGAUGAAUAAAUGGCCGCUGUCAUUACAAGUGAAAUGUGUCACUGGAACCUGCGUACAACUGUCAAAGGAGGUCUCCGUGUUUGAUUUUCACAGCUCUCUGGGUCCAAAAAAGGGGAGGGCAGGGCUUCCUAGGUCAGGUGUGAGGACUUAAGGUUCCACCUUAGCGUGCUCAUUUGGCAAACGUGGAUGUGUUUGGUCCAUCAGGAUCCAUUCAGAAUUUGAGAAAAGAGUCCUUCGUGAUCGUUCUGAUCCGCUGCUUGCAGACUUUGAAGCUACGACACACCCUUCCUAUCAGUUCAGAAAUUCCUGCAGGGGUUAGUAUGAAGUUCAGUCUAGACCCAAUUUACAUGGAGACAUAGGUACCUACCUAU